CCCGCGCCCGCGAGCCCCGGCCCCUCACCGCGCGCUGCCCCCAGAGCCAUGGCCCUGGGCGAGUGGGCGCCGCUGCGCUGGCUGCGGGAGAGUCGCCACUCGCGGAAGCUCAUCCUCUUCAUCGUGUUCCUGGCGCUGCUGCUGGACAACAUGCUGCUCACCGUCGUGGUCCCCAUCAUCCCGAGUUACCUGUAUAGCAUGAAGCAUGGGAAGAACACUACAGAGAUCCAGACCGCCAGGCCCGUGUUCACAGCCUCCACCGCGGGCAGCUUCCAGAACAUCUUCUCCUAUUAUGACAACUCCACCAUGGCCACUGGCAACCACACUGGGGAGCAUCAGGGGGGGCUGCUGCCUAGGGCCACCACGCAGCACCCGGUGACAAACACGUCUGCUGCCCCUUCCGACUGUCCCAGCGAAGACAAAGAGCUCCUGAAUGAAAACGUGCAAGUGGGCCUGUUGUUCGCCUCGAAAGCCACCGUCCAGCUCCUCACCAACCCGUUCAUAGGGCUACUGACCAACAGAAUCGGCUACCCCAUCCCCAUGUUCGCGGGCUUCUGCAUCAUGUUCGUCUCCACCAUCAUGUUCGCCUUCUCCAGCAGCUACGCCCUCCUGCUCAUCGCCAGGUCGCUGCAGGGCAUCGGGUCCUCCUGCUCCUCCGUGGCUGGCUUGGGCAUGCUUGCCAGCGUGUACACGGACGACAAGGAGAGAGGCAACGCCAUGGGGAUCGCCCUGGGAGGCCUGGCCAUGGGGGUCUUAGUGGGCCCCCCCUUUGGCAGUGUGCUUUACGAGUUCGUGGGGAAGACGGCUCCGUUCCUGGUGCUGGCCGUCCUGGUGCUCUUGGAUGGGGCCAUCCAGCUCUUCGUGCUCCAGCCGUCCCAGGUGCAGCCGGAGAGCCAGAAGGGAACCCCGAUCACCACGCUGCUGAGGGACCCCUACAUCCUCAUCGCGGCAGGGGCCAUCUGCUUUGCAAACAUGGGGAUCGCCAUGCUGGAGCCGGCCCUGCCCAUCUGGAUGAUGGAGACCAUGUGCUCCCGGAAGUGGCAGCUGGGCAUUGCUUUCUUGCCAGCUAGUAUCUCUUAUCUCAUUGGAACCAAUAUUUUUGGGACACUGGCACACAAAAUGGGGAGGUGGCUUUGUGCACUUCUGGGGCUGGUCAUCGUCGGAAUCAGCAUUUUAUGUAUUCCUUUUGCAAAAAACAUUUAUGGCCUCGUUGCUCCCAACUUUGGAGUUGGUUUUGCGAUCGGCAUGGUGGACUCGUCCAUGAUGCCCAUCAUGGGCCACCUGGUGGACCUGCGGCACGUGUCGGUGUACGGGAGCGUGUACGCCAUCGCCGACGUGGCCUUCUGUAUGGGCUAUGCUAUAGGUCCUUCUGCGGGUGGAGCAAUCGCAAAGGCAAUUGGAUUCCCGUGGCUCAUGACAAUCAUUGGAAUAAUUGAUAUUCUUUUUGCCCCUCUCUGCUUUUUUCUUCGAAGUCUACCUGCCAAGGAGGAAAAAAUGGCCAUCCUCAUGGACCACAACUGCCCCAUUAAAACAAAAAUGUACACUCAGAAUAAUAUCCAGUCGUACCCGAUAGGUGAUGAUGAAGAAUCUGAAAGUGACUGACACCCUCAAAAGUCAUCAAGAGCAUUUAAUUGUAUAAGUGUUUCCAGUAAAAUGACUCACCCAGAACUGUCUUAGUCAUACCAUUCAUCCCUGAUGAAAGAGUAAACAACCAAAGGCUAUUAUUUCUUUUCCAUGGUUACGAUCGAUUGCCAACAGCCUUAUAAAGAAAAAGAAGCUUUUCUAGGGGUUUGUAUAAAUAGUGUUGAAAACUUUAUUUUAUGUAUUUGAUUUUAUUAAAUAUUAUACAAUAUAUUUUGACGAAAUAUAGUGUAAAUCUAUAAAUAUUUGAAUCCAAAUCAAAUAUAAUUUUUUAACUUACAUUCACGAACACUUGGGCAAAAAAAUCUUAUAUUUUUUCUGAAUAUUGGUAAUGAGUGUUUAAAACUAAAGCACACAUUAUCUCCGAGACACUUCCGACAAUGAGAAACUAGAAGGAUGUCUGCAAAACAGAAUUCAAGAAAGACAGCAUAUAUUAUGUAGUGAAACUGAAUGUUAUUUAACUUGUAACUACUAUCGGUCUGAGUUACAAGCUAGUUAUCACACGUGCAGAGGACAAGAACAGAGUUGGUCAUCUUUUGGAUUUAUCCGUAUUAUCUUAGCUGGUAUUAGUUUUCUAUGUGAUUACCUACCUGGAAACAGAUAGUUGUAAAUUAUGUUAACAUGUCAUGUGGUUGACAGCAAACGUUAAAGCCAGUAAGGAAAAACCAGUAAAUAUUCUGAAAGCAGAGAAAAGCACCCAAAACAUUUAAUAUAAACUAGAAGUUUUUCCUUUAAGAUACAUACUUGAUUGUCUUAAUGGAUGAGAGAAAAAUGAAAGAUUUAUCUUAUACUGUCAAGAUUGUUUAAGCGAGGUAAGAUAUAGUGACAUCUAGUUCAAGUUUUAGAAAUUUAAAAGGAUAAUAGCUCAUGUGACAUGAAAAACUGAGACUAGUAUCUCUGACCUGUUUGGAGGUCAUCCCAGUGUUUUCUAGGGAUCUAUUAAUUUCGUGUUAUCUAAAACUAUUAUUUUCUAGACUUCUGAAGGUUGUUCACAUCAAUAUGAAAACAAAUUUUAAAAGAAGAUGAAGGAAUGAAAUUGUCUUAUCAGGUAAAAAUAAUUGGGUGGUCAGGACACACCCCCUUCCACAGGCAAAAAACUAUAAACAAAAAAAAAACCCAAACCCAUCUAAAUGUCUAUGUAUUACUUCAUCAUCUAGUGCUUGUGUAAUGUGGUUUUCUGAGCAUGACAACAUUGAUGUGCCUUUUCAGUGUAACAGCAAUUACUGUUAGUGAACAUUGUCGGUUUAUAUCAAGUUUUGUGUGAGAUAUGGUUGAAGUGUGCAGAUAGUGUGGAAUGUCUCAAAUAGUAUGCAUUAGUCUAUAGUUCUGUAACUGUAAACAGGCUACCUAAAGUCAGUUCUUUGUUCAGCUAAAAUUGUGUUUGUUAGUUUGGACAUCAAGAGCAAAGAACAUUAGAAUAAAGACUCAAUCUUAUUCUCCAGGAAAGCAGCUAAUACUUCCUUUUGCUUUAUGAAGCUUUCUGUUGGGCUUUGAAAUGAUUUCAAGUCUGGUUUUCAAGGCAGUGUUGGAAGCAAACAAGCUUCUUACUCACCUAUUUGCAAGGGGCAACUUACACAGGUCUGCUACUCUGGAAGAUGGCUUUGGAGGCACUCAUGUGGCCAAAGUAGGAACAAGGCAGGAUUGUUCUUAAUUCCAUAGGGUAGUCUUAAAAAAGAAUGUGUAACAGAUCAUUUCUCUCAGCAGGUUUGUUGUUCUCCCCACCCCCAACACCAUACAAUUCAUUCCUAAUUUAUUUUUGCCUUUAACGGCUUCAGUCUCUUCAAGUAAGACUGGCAAAAACAUGCCUAAAUGCUGCUGAUCCCUAGGGAUAACAAAAAGUGUUUCUCAGAAUUGUUUUGGGAGCAAAAGAGAUCAGUUGUAUCUGAGGGGGAAAAAAGUUGUAAGGCCUUUUUGGACUAGUAUUCUGGGGUUAUUAGCAAGACUGAAAAGGGAGGCUUAAAAUUUUUUUUUUUUUGUAUCAGAAUAAAGAACAUGCAGCUCCCUGAAGGUUUAUUUUGAGCAGAGGUGGGUUCUAUCUGUACCUAGCAAAACAGAUAUAAAAACCUUAAUGAGGUAGCAAUGGAUGUUCUUUUGAUUGCUGAGUGUAUUUGUCAAUGUCAUGUCUUAGCUAGUUUACCUAAUAAAUCUU